CUGCCGCUGCUGCCGCUGCUGCCGCUGCUGCUCCUCCCGGGCUGUGUGGGCCAGGAGCCCAUUUUCCACGCGGACUGGGGCUUUGACUCCUACGAGGUCACCACCCCCAGGAGGCUGAGCCUGCCGGGAGGCCCGCGGGGGGACACCCGCCAAGUGUCCUACCUGCUCCAGGUCCAGGGCCAGAGGCUCGUCCUGCGCCUGCGGCCCCAGCGGCUUCUGCUGCCGCGCAACCUGCAGGUUUUCUCCUUCACGCCGCAGGGCCGGCUGGUGGAGGACCACCCCUACGUCCCCAGGGGCUGCAGCUACGCGGGCGCCGUGCAGGGCGCCCCCGAGUCCGGCGCCACCGUGUCGACGUGCAUGGGCGGCGGCCUGCGAGGGGUGCUGAGCAUUGGCGCCAGGCGCUACCAGAUCGAGCCGCUCAAGGCCUCGCCCAGCUUCGAGCACGUCGUCUACCUCCUGAAGAACGAGGCGCGGCCCCUGCGCCACCUCUGCCCGCUGGCCGAGGAGGGGGCCGCCAGGCAGGCGGGCCCCGAGGGCGCCCAGGCCACGGCCAGGGACCGGGCGCAGGGCUACCCGCACACCAAGUACUUGGAGAUGGCCUUGGCCUUCGACCACGGCAGGUAUUUGUACUCCCAGUCCAACCUCAGCGAGGUCGUCAGCGAUGGCAUCAUUAUGGCGGGGAUCAUGGACACUUUCUUUCAGGAUGUCCACCUGCGGAUACACCUCAGCGCUCUGGAAGUGUGGACCGACAGAGACAAAAUCAACCUGAAUGCUCCAGAAAUAUCUCUGGCUUUAAAGCAAUUUGUGGACUACAGGACUGUAUCUAUAAAUCCUCGGGUCACACAUGACUGGGCUCACUUAUACUUCACCAAGCUCUUCCUCGACAGCAUCACAGCGCACUCAGGCAACGUGUGCUCUGCAAGUGACUCUGGCUCUAUGAGUGCUUUUCGAGAGAAAAAUCUCCACAUCCCCGUAACUUUCGCUGCACAUGCCCUAGGCCACGUCCUCCGGAUGCAGCACGACACUGAGUAUUGUGUGUGUCAGGGCCGGAACAGCUGCCUCAUGGGCACCGGCGUCUCCGGCUUCAGUAACUGUAGUUACGUCGACUUUCUGGCCUACACAAAUGUCGAUGCACAUUGUCUCAACAAUAUCCCAGAAACACGUUUUGAGCUUAAGACUUGUGGGAACAAAAUUGUGGAAGAGAAUGAGCAGUGUGACUGCGGUUCAGGCGAGGAGUGUAAACAUGACCCGUGUUGCCAAGCCGACUGCAAACUCCGACGUGGAGCCAACUGCAGCACCGGGCUUUGCUGUGACAACUGUCGCCUUCGUCCACCUGGGUACCUGUGCAGGAGGGAGGAAAACGAAUGUGACCUUGCAGAAUACUGCAACGGACGGUCCGCGGUGUGCCCAGAGGACCUCUAUAAGCGGGAUGGAACUCCUUGCAAGUAUGAAGCCAGUUGUUUCAAGAAGGGGUGUAGAUCCAGAUACAUGCAGUGCCAGAGCAUCUUUGGGCCCGAGGCGCGGGAGGCUCCUUCUCAGUGCUACGAGGCUGUCAACACCAUCGGCGACCAGUACGGGAACUGCAGGGUUAAGGGGAUGAAUUCCUAUGAAGUGUGCAGCAGGCAGAAUUCGCUCUGUGGCAGGAUACAGUGCAUCAACGUCAAGUCCAUCCCCAGCUUACCAGAUCACUACACUGUCAUUUCCACUCAUCUGGGGGAAGAAAACCUGGAGUGCUGGGGGGUGGGUUACCAUCUGUCCAUGGCCCCCAUGGGCAUCCCCGACGUGGGGGUCAUCAGUGACGGGACCUCCUGCGGUAUGAACCGAGUGUGUAUGAACAGAACGUGUGUGGAGAGACAGGCGGCCCUCCAGUCUGACUGUUUGCCAGAGCAGUGCAACUACCGUGGCGUGUGCAACAACAGAAAGCACUGUCACUGCAUGUACGGCUGGGCCCCCCCCUUCUGCGAGGUGGCCGGGUUUGGGGGCAGCGUAGACAGCGGGCCCGCGGGGACAGAGCAAGAAAAGGUCCCUUUCUCAGUUUAUGUUGCGGCCCUGCUGUUCUCACGUCUCGCUUUAUUUGUCAUCUCAGUGAUUAUUGUGUUUUUCAAGAACACAAUAAAAAAUUUCCUAAUGCCAAAACAGGCGGCGGAUUCAUCCAUGAUCGCCCAAGGAGCACGACUCAAAGCCAAGAGAAUCACAAGACCCCCGUUCCACCUCUGGAAUCUGUAG